AUGGACGAUCUAGGCUUCCACUUCUUCCCAUCUCUAUUGCUCUCGCUAGACGCGCUCCUCCUUUCGCCUCCCUGGCCUAGUAGCCCCGUCAACCCGCGCGCCUCCCUCAUCUCCUUGAUUUCCUCCACAGUAAUCGCCUUCCUCUACUGGUUUUGGAUCGAGCUGUGCUACUCGCGAAACGGCUUCUACCCCUACCCCAUUUUCUCCCUCCUCAACACGCCCCAGCGCAUUGGUCUCUUCGCCGCAAGCGGAGUCGCCAUGUGGGCCGUGGGCGCCGGACUGCGCUGGUGCUACCGCGUUAUCAACGGUAUUGAAGCGGACCCCACGCUUGAGUGUGAAGAAGAUAAGAAAGCGAGGUAG